CAAGCACUGAUCUCCGGCCCAACACAGCAGUCGAAAGACGAAAACAGGUCGGUCACACAAGCUUCCAGGCUUUGUGCUCCUUCCUCGCCAUGACGGAUGUUUACCUUACUAUGGUCCUUACGGACAAUUAUCUCAUCGGAGCUCAAGUGUUGGCACAAUCUCUGAGGGAUGCUGGUACUGCACAUAAAAUUGGUGUCUUCAUCACGUCGAAUCUCGCUCGGCGGACCGUGGAGGAGCUCAAUAAAGUCUUCGAUUACGUUAUUCCAGUACUUUCGUUCUCCAAUCCGGCCGAUGAGAAGCUUGCUUUGUUAGGCAGACCGGACCUUCGGUCAUCUAUGACAAAGAUCAAUGUCUUCCGGCAAACGCAGUUCAGAAAGGUUGUCUAUAUCGAUGCCGAUGUCGUCGCGGUACGUGCUGUGGACGAGCUCUUUAAGCUCGAUGUUCAAUUUGCUGCUGCGCCCGAUAUCGGAUGGCCCGACAUUUUCAACAGUGGUGUAUUUGUCUGUACCCCCUCAAUGUCCACCUUCUACGCCUUGCAAGCACUUGCCGACCGAGGAGUUUCGUUUGACGGAGGAGAUCAGGGACUUCUGAAUACCUUCUUCCGCAACAGCCAUCGCUUGUCGUUCACCUACAACGUUACUCCGUCCGCCAAUUACCAGUACCUCCCCGCAUAUCGACAUUUCGAGUCUCAGAUCUCUUUGGUACAUUUCAUUGGGCCUGAUAAGCCAUGGAUGCAGGGAAGGCAUGCGUACCGGAGUGAAGGUGCCUACAAUGAACUUGUCGCACGCUGGUGGGCUGUGUGGGAACGUCACUACGGUUAUCCUGACCCGGUGACCGAGAGAUUGCCUCCUCCCACUGAACCAUCAUCAUCGUCUUCGUCGUCCUCCUCUUCCGCCUCACCCACCGCUGCCCCGCAAGAAUUAGAACGACGUCCCAGCCCUCACUUCGAAGCCAAAAUGGCCGAAUGGAAUCCAGCACUUGCUCCACCUCCGCGUGGUGCUCCGGAAGCCAUCAACUUGACGGAGACUACGUACAUGAAUACGUGGGACAAGCCAUAUGAUCCUUCAGAGCCUGUCUUUAAGGCGCCACCGGUGAAGCCUCCGCCAAAGAGUGUGAAGUUCGAUCUGCUCCCUACACGGGUGGAGCUUCCUCCUGCUUCUGUUUUCCCAUGGGAAGAGAAAGAACCCUUCAGGCCCUCUCGAGUAUUUCCUGGUGAGGAACCGGAGGUAUCAUCUGAGCCGGAAGUUGUCCCAAUGUCUGAACCCAUUGCUUCACCUACGGCCGCUGUCCCAGCUGCAUCGGAAGUUUCCCCAAGUCAAUCUGGCAUGUACGAGUUCCAUAACGUCUGGGAUGAUUUGCCCGCGGUUUCUGGCUACCUCCGCCGGUUCGCAGAGGUUACGCGUACGCAGUCUCCAUCCGCCGACGACAGCGAAAGCUACUUCCAGAUACCCCUACGCACGAAGGAGGGUGGUAAGCACAAGUUACCUUCGACUCCUUAUUUGAAGGGAAACGAGACAUCCGUGGAAGAUGACAUUGGGAACCGAAGAACGCAUGCGGAACUCACGCCCGCCGCAAAUGUACCCUCGCCUGAGCAUUGGAAUCCGAAUGCGAAGCUUGACGAGUUGGCUGCUUUACCUGGUGUACUCGCUCGGAAGGCUUCUGAGAAAGAUCAGCAGUCGUCGGGCAGUGCGGCUCAUCCUACUGCCGCACAGCGUCCUUUCUCGCCUACUCGAGAACACAAACCAGCGGUUUCACCUAUCAGAGAGGAUCCUACCGAGGCUUAAAAAUGAUUUUGCGAGUAUGAGAACGAUCUUUAUUUGAUACCAAUACCCAGAACGCGUGAAGGCCUUUGGAUCUUCACGUGAAAAUAGGUAUGAUUCCUUUUUUUUUAUAUUUUCCUAGUAUGGCCAUAUAUUCAUAGUGAAUAAUACGGACAAGGCCAAGACAGGGAUAUAGGGAUACCAGGAUUACACCUGUUACUCCGAGUCACUGUCACUCUCACUUUCCCCACUCUCUUUGGAUGAUGAUUCCUCCUCACUGCUUUCCGAGCUUGAAUCAUCCUUCUUCGCCUUCUUCGCCGGAGCGGCCUCGAAAAAGUCAUCCUGCACCGACUCUGCUUUGAUAGCACCCUUUCCUUUACUUUGCUUCUCAGAAGUCUGCUUCCU